UAGGCUGCAGCUACAAUAAUGUUACGUCUAACAUUAAAACAGGAACGCUGUAAAAAGAACUAGGACAUUGUAUCCUGAUUUAUUUAUUUAUUUAUUAUUUGCAAUUUCCUAGCAUAUAUUCUCGAUUUUAUUAACUUUUUUGAUUAUGAUUAAUGUUUUUUUAAAGGUUAUGUUUUCGAGCUGCUCAUCACGCCAGAAAUCGCACUCCUUUUUUCUUUUUCCUUUGAAAUGAAAGUGAAAGUGUCAAGAGAAACUUUGUGUGGACAUCGGACAACAAGGAGUUCGACAGUGGAGAAGAAUGAGGGUUUUAAUCUUGAGGAUUUUUGUUUAUUUGUAUCUAAGUGCAGGUGUGUGGAGUGUCCAUCAGAUCCAGUGGCUGCCUUGUUACUUCAUUGAUGAGCGUUUAUAUUUGAACAAGGACAACCACACUGAGACUCGGGUCAUCCCCAGAGAGGCUAUACUUCAGUUUGGUCAGAAAGGAGAUGCUCCUGUUAACCCAAACGCCAUCACUUUCCUGGUCAUCAGAUCAAAGUUGGAUCUGCUGCAGUAUGUGGAGGGGGUGGAGGCAGAGCAGCUGAAGUGUGAGCUGCACAGAUACAGCACAGAGGGCGGUUACGUCCGCUGGCCUGUCCUCGGUGCCCGGGAGUACAACCACUGGUUUACCUGCAUCCUCAGACACAGCAGGGGCCGCUUCACAGUCGCUGGCACCCUUAGACACCCCUCUGACCAGCCUCCCCCAGGGCAGCCAGACUACCACAACUGGUCUGUCAUCGCUGACAAAGAGGUACUCACCACCGCAGUCGCCAUGGUCAUCAAAACACAGACUCCCUCAGUUAAAGCACGCCUGAAGUCCCAGCAAAAGCUCCACUGCCAGUUUGAUGUUGACCACAAGGGUGCAAAGGUCACUGUAGAGUGGCAUAGGCACCGCCCUGGUGAGAGGACCAAGCUCUUCAGUUACAACAGGCACACAGGACAGACUGAGGGGAGCGGUGUCGGACUACGUGCCCUUGCGGCUGGAGAUGCCUCUUACACCCUCGCCUCCACCACAAUGAUCAGUGAAGGGACCUACAUUUGUUCAGUGUCCGUGUAUCCACUGUUCACCAAGGUGGAUAUAUAUCUGCAGAUUGAAGAGUCUCCCCAUGUCUCCCUCAAUGUUGCAACCACCCUGUUAUUGCAGGAGGGCAAGGACUUGAUGGUUAAGUGUGAGGCAAAUGGCUACUACCCUCGGGAUGUGGAGAUAAUUUGGUACGAGGAGGAUCCAGGCACUCCACAUCCCAAGCCACUAAACCAUAGUGUUCUGUUCAGCCACAAAGUAAAUGGGGACAUGACCUUCUUGCUGUCAGGUGUCUUCUACCUCCAGGCUGCGCUCAGGGACUCUGGGAAAAAGUUCACAUGCAGCGUCUCCCAUCAGUCCCUGAAAGUGCCCAUAACAAAAAGUUUCACCCUGAUUGUGGAAGAGCCAACAAACUGGAUUUUGUACCUCGUUGUGGGCUCUGUUGUGAUCCUGCUGUUGUAUGUGAAGCGGCGCUACCUGCACUCAGUGUGGAGAAAGUUGGUGCAGGUAAGGUGAUAUAAAAACAAAAAA